GGCUAAAGCCGCUAUGCACUGUCAAUACAUCCUACCGUUAUCUCUGUUAACUCUACUCUCCCUGACAGGUAUGUUUUAUCUUUGUUUAAGUGAAUUAUAUACAUCAGUGGAAAAUGAAUAAAUCAAUGUAUUGUGUGGGGUUGUUUUUAUCACAAGGGCACUGAUGUUUUCAGUCGCUGUUUUCAGGCACACUGGCCCAGACCUGGUCUGUUUGGUACCGUGGCAGCGACAGGAAUUCCGUUAUCUGUGCAUCAAAAGGCUCAUCAGUGGUAUUUGACUGUACAUACAGCUACCCAGCUACCCAUAAAGUUAUAAAAAAGCUAUGGUUCACUCCGAGAGGUGGUAAAAAACUAGACGGCUCACAGCAGGGAGAUGUAGUGUAUGACACAUCUGGACUGAAUAAGACAAGAUACAGAGGAAGAACAGAGUUCUAUGACCAAGACAAAAACUGCACACUGAAACUCAACAAUGUGACUGAAGAUGACAGUGGCAGAUUUUUCUUCAGAUUUCACUCAAAGAAAGAUAAUCAGGACCCUCAGGGAUUUACAGGACCAGGGGGUGUAGACCUGAACAUAUCAGGUAAAUCUAGAUUUAUGUACAUGUCAUCAUACUAAACAAUGAAGGUAUUACCUAACCUAUGGUGGUCAGUUAUUAACCCUUCAACAUGUCCUAUAUUUGGUUAUACAUGUUUCUUCUUCAUGUCAGUCUUAUCCCUAAAGUUAAAUGAAAAUGGCCCUGUUAAGGAGAGAGACAACGUCACGCUGGCCUGCACCUCCAGCUGUAACCCUCCUCAAAUGGAGUUCCUCUGGUUUAAAGAUGGCCGCCCACUCCCUGGUGUCUCUGGUGUCCCUGGUGGGCAGUAUCCCCUAGGUCCACUUUCCCCUAAUGACACUGGGUGCUACACCUGUGGUCUGGGGCAAGGCACAUCUACAUCAAUACUGCUGGAUGUGAGAUGUAAGUCAGCAAUAAAUGUUGGUUUGAAGCUAUUUUUUCUGUAGUCAGCUAUCUUCAAGGUGUUGUUUUCUCUUCACAGUGGCCAAUGUACAUUUCAGAUGGCUUAGUUGAUUCAUUGUCUGUAUUAAUGUAUAAAUGCAGGACUACUAACAUCCAGUCAAAUGAAUACACACAGAACAAUGUUGUUUUCUGUACGUCUGCUUCCAGAUGCUCCAAGGGACGUUUCUUUUAAGGCCAGCCCGAGCCCUGAGGUAGUGAAAGGCAGUCGUCUGACUCUGACCUGCAGCAAUAACGCCAACCCUGCAGCAGAGACCUACACCUGGUUUCAGAGGACAGGACUGCUAACUUCACUAAGAUUAGGGACGGGGAAAGAACACACCUUCAACCAAAUGUUAUUUCAAAAGAUAUACCAUACUGGCAUUGACAUCCACCAACUGUUGGUUUGGUUUGGUUUGGUUUGGUUUGGUUUGGCCCACAGUGGAAAGCAUGACAGGCCUCUCGCUUUGUUUUAUCAUCCACAGACGGAAGUGGAUCACGGCCGAGAAGAAGCUUCCGACCAAACCAGUCCCCCAGGUAGGUGAUCAGAGGAAAAGAAAGUACUAACAGUGGCCUUACUGUGGUUGUCUGCUUCUACAACCCUUCACCAACUCAGUCAGUCUGUUGUCUGAAGGGAAGUUACUAAAUGUGGUAACUGUGGAGUGUCACUUCAAAGUGAUGCAAUGGGGCAUGUUGUCAUUGCCAAACAAACCUUCCACAUGGAAUUUAUUGUUCCUGUUUUUCUUAGAUAAAAAAAACAGCUCGUAUGAAAGUGAAUGGUAAAUGUGGAAAUCAAUCCCAUUUAACUUUGAGUUAAUUAAAGUAUGCCAAAGAGUAGAAAGAGAGUAAUUCUAUGUCAGGGGCCGGUGCUCAGUAUUUUGACUGUAUUCUGACUGUUAGAUACAGAAAGCAACCUUGUCUACACCAGAGGACAUCUAUGAAAAUAUGAGACAGUCAGCCAAGCCGAUCACUGAUCCUGAUGAUCUGAACUAUGCAGAGCUCAAAAUCAGGCCUGCUCCUUCACCC